AUGGCUACCAUGAAAUUUGACAACUGCACUAUUCAGCGACAAAUUGGUGAAGAAGUUCGGAUCCAAGCACAUCAAAGAGUAUUGAUGGAGUCAGAAAGCAGCCUAGAGCUUCUCCAGGGACUUUUGAUCUACCUGGCUUGGUACCAGUACUUUUUUAGCUACGAGAAACAGCAAAUCGUUCAGCUAGCUCAGUUGUGUGUCUCGCUGGUUCAUAGCUUAGGACUUGACCAGAACCCCAACAACGUAAGACGAAAAGUCGACCUAGGCCCUGAUGAGACAGCGUCAGGUAGAAAGGCUGCACGUUCAACAGAUCAACUUCGGGCCCUUCUUGGAACAUACUGCACAGCCUCUUGGGUAUCUACCAAAUUCCGAACUCGUUGCGCAAUCCCUUACACAGGAUAUAUCAAGCAGAGUUGGGAGAUAUUGCUAGCCAAGAAUGAGUAUCAGAGCGAUGCUCUGAUUGUGUACUUCGUACGCGUCAAUGAACUGAGCCGUCGCAUAUGUGAUACUUUUGGAUAUGACGACUUGGAAAACUCAGGUGUAAGGGGAGAGUUCGUCAGUGCUAUGACUUUACAGUCUUUGAGCAAUGAAUCUAUGCUAUUGAAGGCGUCUAUUCCUCCACCUAUCCAAGGAAAUUUCGCACUCCAACUCGAGCUGUAUCUGCUUGAUACACUGAUCGGCGAGGUUGCGUUGCAUGAAGACUUUUGGGAUCGCUCGGCCACAGGGAAUUUGUUCCCUGCGAACAAUCCACCAUUUUUCCCCAAUACUAGACUUUCGAUCCUGUUUAAUUUGUUCCGCAGCUGUAAGCUUUUGAACGACGCUGUGAUGCAGUGCCCUGAUGAAGACCUUUGGUACAUUACAUUCUACACAACUGCCAAAGUCUGUCGAACGCUAUCAUGCCUCUCCAACGCUGGGAAAAUAGUCACGGAGAUCUCUAGAGAUGCCGGAUUUAGUUCAAGUGGUCCAUAUCUUGCGGACUAUGUCUUCCAGGUAUAUGAUGCUUCUGCUAUCGAACGGGCUGCUGAUCUAAGAGGGGAGGCUAAGCGAUUGCGGGCGAAGUUCAGAAAUUUGUCGCCCUUAGUACAGAACACCAGUGAUGAGGCUGAUAUAAUGUUUGGGUUCAGUGAGAUGAUAUGGGCUGUUUCCACCGCGUAUGAACAGUCUCGGGGUGUAGAAGCAGGUCCACUCACUUUCUCCAUCAUUAGUGACGAACAGUACACUUCUCCCGAGGCAGGUAGUUCCAGUGGUUAUUUGUCGAGCACUGGAUCUGGAAAUGUUCAUCUGGGCACGGCAUUAGACUUUGAAGCUAUUGAGGAUGGUACUUGGGAGGAGUUAUUAGCUAGGAUUACUACGACAGCUGAGUAG